AUGAUUACAAUAUUAACAUUCAUUUAUAUGAUAUUAUCAUUAUUGAAUCAAUUCAUUAUAAUAUAUGGAAUGAUACCAGUACAAUGUGGUUAUAAUUUAACUAGACGUAUACCAGUAUGUUGUCCAUUGAGUAGUAUUAAUGGUAAAGUAUGCGGUGGACCAAAAUAUGGUGAAUGUAUAGAAAUAUGGACACCUAAAGAGAAAGUACCAAGUGUAUUUUUAAUAGAUGAUAGAAUUGAUUGGCCAAAACGUUAUUUUACAUAUUUUUGUCAAUGUUUUGGUAAUUAUUUCGGUGCAGCUUGUGAUGAAUGUUGGUUUGGAUGGAAAGGUCAACAUUGUAAUAAACGUUCAAUUAAAAUACGACGCGAUAUAAAAACAUUAACUGAUAGGGAAUUAUAUAUAUUUAAAAGAUUAGUUGUAUUAAGUCAAACAUGGCCAUCUGGUUAUCUUUUAAUUGAUGAAUCGGAUAACUGGAAUGUUGAUCCAUUGACAAAACCUAAAUUAGAACAUGCUUCUGUUCAAUACUACAUUACUUAUUUACAUCGUUAUAGUAGCCGCAGUACAUUGUACAAAAAUGUUCAGGAUUGUGAAGAUUAUGGAAUAUUAAAUUUCAAUCAUGAUGGUGUUUGUUUUUCAACUUGGCAUCGUUAUUAUAAUCUGUUAUGGGAGAGAUGGAUGACAAAAAUUGCGAUACAAGUAUUUGGUAUAUCAGAUUAUGCAACACCGUAUUGGGAUUGGAUCGGUUUAAGACAUUGUGAUAUAUGUACUAAUAGAUAUAUCGGUGCACCGGGUAGACGCAGUGAAAUGGGAUUACAUAUAUCAUCUGGAUCACCAUUUAGUAAUCUAACUGAGUACUGCUAUGAACCAAUGAAAGAUAUGCUUUGUUCUGGUUGUCAGAGAGGUAGAAAGAAAGGAACAAUUACACGGGAAUUUAAAAAAGGGAAUCUUCCGGAUGUAGAGGAUUUGAAAUAUGUUUUAAGCUUAAAACAAUUUUAUGUUCCGGGUGAACGUAUCAGUCCUGUAUGUCUAUCAUUUAAUAUCGCAUUAGAAGGAUUUUGCGGUCGACCUGGUGCUGAUCCAAAUAAUAGAUGGUUUCAUAAUAAAAUACAUGUAUUGAUUGAUGGAAGUAUGUGUUGUACAGGGACAGCAAGCAAUGAUCCAUUAUUUAUAUUACAUCAUGUAUUUAUAGAUAAAAUAUUUGAAUGUUGGUUAAAGACAUAUAAUCCUAGUCCAGAAGAAUAUCCAGAUAGACAUGUACGUCCUGGACAUUCAAGAUAUUCAUUUAUUGUUGGUAUAAUACCACUUGCUAGAAAUAUUGAUUUUUUUACAUCCUUAACAAAUUUUGGAGUAUAUUAUGAUAAUAAAAUAUUUGGUAGAUAUGCAGAGGAUGGAAGACCACCAUUUUAUUGUUCCAAAAUGGAUACUAUCACAAAAGGUUCUUAUUAUUAUUGA